AUGAUAAAUUCUAACAAAUGGCGUAGUCCAAUUGCUUUUGACACAGACAACGAGGACGUUUCGGUGGAAACGGAAGGAAACACUCCGUCCGCAGCAAUCACAGCAACUCCCCCAGCGCGCGAGGAAUUGUUAGCGAUCGAACCAGGGGUCCUGAAUGACUUGAUCCGAGAUAUGAAACGUCUGGCUCUGGACUCUCCACUACCUCUUACAGACGAAUACGAGCGGGGAAAAAAACAGCCAGAUCAGCACGAAACGAAUAUCGAGUCGUCGUGCGACACAAGUGUUCCAGAUGAUAGUCAUUCAUCAUCAGGACAAGGGUUUCAUUACGACAUUAAUGAGCUAACAACAAUAUUGAUGUCUCUCAAUCGCAUUAUUUCCAAACACGAAAGUCGAACGGAGCAGCAAUCUUCUCCCAAAGCUGCAGCCAACGAGAAGGAAAACAAGGUGGUAGACGUCGAAUCAUCGUCUCUGUCUCCGACAAACCAGAAGUUGAGUGACACCAUUUGCUUUCACCCGCAACUGCAAUUCUCUUCCAUUGUCUCAGCCAAGGCGAAGGAAAUGCAAGAUUUUGAGGUUUGUUACAGGGACGUAGAAUAUGUGUCAAAAAAAGAGAGAAAAAUCAGCAGAUCGGUGAAAAAGGGCCUUUCAAAAGAAGAACAAGCCACCAAAGAUGCUGCAAAUCUCAUUUGGGUAAAAAGUGGUCGCAAAUCUUCACAACCUGCUUUUAUUGUCAACAGUGGAACCAAACGGUAUGAUUUACAUGGAAAGCCUCUUGUUCAUAUUGUCUGGUCUUUUUCUGAAACAGCAGAUUGGGUGAAUGCUGCCAAAGUUGAUUGGUCAGAUGGCAAAGAAAACGUUGCCACAAACAUGUUCGAUAAGCAGAAUAGGAUUUUCUAUGGCAUGGACAGUGAUGAGGAGGACAGCGAGGACAAAUAG